AUGCAGCGGGGGGCCAACGUGCGCCCGAUAAAAUUGGCGCAGAAGGUGUUCAGCGCCAAGACGGUGUGUCCAACGGCGGCGAGUCAGCUGUACGUGGCCCACGGUCUCCUCGGCAAUUCGAGCAACUGGGCAACCGCCUCGCGCCACCUUGUCGAGCACCCUGCUCUCAAAGACAAGCUCCGUCGCGCGAUCCCGGUGGACAUGCGCAACCACGGCAGCAGUGCGCACAGCAGUGACCACACGAACGCGGCGCUUGCCUCUGAUCUCGAAGCGCUGGUGCUGCGCGAACAGCAGGAGUUGGCCCACACCUUUCGUGACCCGGCCUCGUGUACGACACGGAACGCCAUCCUGAUUGGGCACAGCAUGGGCGGCUUGGCGGUGAUGGGUAUGCUGUUGCGGCGCGCCAACGAGGAUCGUCUGCUGACCUCGUGGGCUGAUCACUGUGACGACGCGGGUUCGGCGCCGUCCUACGGGGCGUGGCCGGCGGAGCACCGUCGUCAGUGCAUCGAUGGAAUGCGUCAUGUGAACGAGUCGUUCGGCUUCGCUUCCUCGCAGCCCAUCGCGGAAGUGCUCUUCAAUAACCGGGGUGCGUCCUCCUCACCAUCAACGGACAGCGGUAAUGCUUCCCGCAUCCCGCUGCUGGGCCGCGUCGCUGGUGCUAUCAUUGUGGACGUGACGCCAACAAUGCGGCUGGGUGAACAGCGCAGCGGCGCUGACAACGUCAAGGAGGCGCUCGAGCGCAUGACGCAGGUGCGACUGGACGAGAUUCACAGCUACAAGGACGCAGCGGCAGAGCUGCUUCGAGUCGGCAUGGCUGAGCAGGAAAUGCGCGAUUUUGUGGCGACGAACAUCGUGCUUGAUUCCAAGGACAAGUCGAAGCCCGCGCAGUGGAGGUGCAAUCUGCCGGUCCUCGCCAGCGACUACGGCAGCUUCCAGCCAUCCAUCACGAGCUGGUUCACAUCGUCGGCAACGACGACGGGGCAAGCGUCCUCGGCUGCCGCGCCGCGGCUGUGCACGCUUCCUGUCAUGUUCGUCUUUGGUGGUCAGUCGCCCUACAACGAGCCGGAUCACCGCCAGCGCAUUUCGCGCUUCUUCUCCAACGCAACGCAGGUGGAGGUGGCCGGCGCAGGUCAUUUUCUGCAUUACGAGAAGCCGAAGGAGUUCACCGACGCCGUGGCGCCGUUCAUCGCGUCCCUCAUCUCACAGCCGUGA